GUACUGGCCGGUAUGGCCGGUAUGUACCGGAUUUUUCAAUGCACCGAAACGGUAUGAAGCUUAAUUUCGUUUCGGUCAAAUUUCGCUCAUUUCGGUCAAAUCUCGAUAUUCCGCCCGGUAUUCCGGCGUACCGGCAAUGUUGACAACCACUUCAAAUUUUUUUGAAGAAGAGAGAUCCUCCCUUUUUGGUGGCUGCCGAACCCCUCUCCUUACCGAUGAUGAAGGUGGAGGCAGUGAUGAUGAUGAGACGCAAGAAGAUGUCAAGGUCAGAGUCCCAAGGGGCUUCCGACUAGAUCUAUAUUGUCUUCUUGGUGAUUGGUGAGAUGAGCGUGACGAUUAGCUAGCAAGAGGAUGGUGAAGGUCGGAGGGACGUUCCGGCAGCUCUCUCUUGCUCCUUUUUUUCCUGACUGCUUCAUCGGGGGCUGUGAUGCUUCAGUUUUCAUGGAUGACAGCAAAUCAGCAAUGGGGUGGUGUACUAAAAAGAUGUUUCUUCAAGUGCCCUUUUCUAAUCAUCUCAAGGGGAACACAGUAUCGGGAAAAAUAGCUAUGAUUCUUUCAAAAUCGCCUCUGCAACUUCUAGGAACAGGGCAGCCAGAGCCAUGUUCACCAUCUGAUUUCCUCAUUGACGUAAGAAGAAAUUGUCAGGAUAACACCCCGGGAGAGGACUCCUCUUCCCUGAUCAACAAUUGAUGGCUGAUGAGAAGACAGCAAGAAAUGUCCGAGCUUACUCAUUGGAUGAUGAAUUGACCUUUUAGAAUAGACUUUGUCAGGGUUAUGUUGAAGAUGUCUGCAUCGGGUGCAUGUGUUGACCAGAUCUCAAGGUCAGGUUCUAACAAACUGUUUCAUGCCUCUCUGCAGCUCUUAAAUAACAGUCCCAUUAUCUCAGUGUGAUUCUGGAGAUUUUCACAUUCUUUCAUUGGUUGCAUAUACAAGCUAAACUGAAAUGCCAGUCUCAGUUGAGAAGCAAUCAGCAAGUUGAGCAGCAAUCAGCAAGUUGUGGACUAGACCAUGAAUUUGUAUAAGGAGUUCUGAUACUGGAAGACAGAUGCUGUUUACAAUAUUGUCAUAAAAUAGAAGGUGACAU